GGCGGGGUUAUUCCAGUGUGGGCUCGGCCAGCGCGCCUUGUGAUUGGCCGCUAGUGUUGUCGUCAGCUCCGACUCGCGCACCCGGUGACGCACGCUCGCUCCCGACGUUUUGUUUGCAGAGAUAGAGGAAUAAUUAAAAAAAAAAAAACCACCACAGCUCGGCUCGUGCGCCCGGGACCGGAUAGCUUCGCCACACCCCCUGUCACCGGUAUCUGAGAGAAUUACAACAAUCCGUAUUACCGGCACCAGGCCGCUCGCCUCACACCGUGUGGAUUAUACCCGGCUAGGCCUCAGUGUCCGCUUCUUCCCGAACUCGCUUGACAGGGCCCCGGAGCAGUCCCUCCCCCGGCGGGUAUGGAGGGAUUACAAGUUAACGACAAGAAGAGGAUCAGCUCGGAGCGGCGGAAGGAGAAAUCCCGAGAUGCCGCGAGAUGUCGGAGGGGUAAAGAGUCCGAGGUUUUUUACGAGCUUUCUCACCAGCUGCCUCUGCCGCACAAUGUCAGCUCCCACCUGGACAAGGCGUCCAUCAUGAGGCUCACCAUCAGCUACCUGCGCGUCCGGAGGCUGCUCGAAGCGGGAGACCCGGACGGCGAGUCUGACAUGGAGAAACAGCUCAAUUGUUUCUAUCUGAAGGCGUUGGAAGGGUUCGUCUUGGUGCUCACGGAGGAAGGGGAUAUGAUUUACCUGUCCGAAAACGUCAACAAGUGCAUGGGGCUGACACAGUUUGAGCUGACCGGACACAGCGUGUUUGACUUCACUCACCCCUGCGAUCACGAAGAGCUGCGGGAGAUGCUCACCCACAGGAACGGAGCUACAAAGAAAGGCAAAGAACAAAUCACAGAGCGGAGCUUCUUCCUUCGUAUGAAGUGCACGCUCACCAGCCGAGGAAGGACAGUGAAUAUAAAGUCUGCAACUUGGAAGGUUCUCCAUUGCAGUGGGCACAUGCGCGUAUACGAGGCUCGCCACAGCCAGACCCAUUGCGGCUACAAAAAACCCCCAAUGACUUGCAUGGUGCUUAUCUGCGAACCGAUCCCUCACCCGGCCAACAUCGAGUUUCCGCUGGACAGCAAGACCUUCCUGAGUCGGCACAGCCUUGAUAUGAAGUUUUCUUACUGCGAUGAAAGGAUAACGGAGUUGAUGGGAUACGAACCGGAUGAGCUGAUGGGCCGUUCAGUCUACGAGUAUUAUCACGCCCUGGACUCCGAUCACCUGACCAAAGCUCACCAUGACAUGUUCGCAAAGGGCCAAGUGACGACCGGCCAGUACAGAAUGCUGGCGAAGAAAGGAGGUUACGUCUGGGUCGAGACGCAAGCGACGGUCAUCUACAACACAAAGAACUCCCAGCCGCAGUGCGUUGUCUGCGUUAACUACGUCCUCAGUGGCAUUGUAGAGAAGGACUUGAUCUUGUCCCUGGGCCAGACAGAGAAGACCCCGGCACCACCGGAGUCUGCGGAGAUCAAGAUGCCUGCGAUCUUCACAGAACUAGUCGACGAGACCGAUGCCGGCAGCUUAUACGAGCAGCUGAAGAAGGAGCCGGAAUCCCUGACGUUCCUCGCGCCGGACGCCGGGGAUGAAAUCAUCUCCCUGGAUUUUAAUUCCUGCGAUUCUGAGCAGCCCUUUGAUGACAUUCCCUUGUAUAAAGACGUCAUGCUGCACUCGCCUAGCAAGCAGCUGGAGAGCAUGCCGGUGUCUCCUCUUACAGAGCCCGAAAAACCAAAGCCCCUGCGCACCAACGUGGACCCUGCGUUAAACAGGGAGGUCGUCAUAAAAAUGGAGCCCACUCCCGAGCGACUGGACCUGUCCUUCGCCAUUCCUCAGCUGUCCAAGCCGGCCAGCCCCUCGGACCUGAGCAGCAGUCAGAGCUCCACAGAGCCGGGAACCCCCGCGGAGUAUUGCUUUGACGUCAACAGCGAGAUUGACAAAGAGUUCAAGAUGGAUUUGGUUGAGAAGCUUUUUGCUAUAGAUACAGAAGCCAAGACAACGUUUUCCACCCAGGAGACAGACUAUGACCUCGAAAUGUUAGCGCCUUACAUCCCGAUGGAUGACGACUUCCAGCUGCGGACCUUUGAUCAGCUCCCUUCUCUGGAAAGCGACAUGAUCCACGUGCAGCCCAUGGGAAGCUUGACCAACCUGUUCCAGCAUUCUCAGACGCCACACGUCGGCGAUUUCAAGCCACUGACCGCGGAAUCGAUGAAUGAUAUGAGGUCUAUCCUCGUCCAGUCGCCUUCCCCGCUAAUGAAGGACUCCGCCAGUGCCCCUGGAUCCCCGUAUAACGCAAACCGGAGCCGCACCAGCUCUCCGGUGAGAGCAGACAAGUCAAACGCAGACAAGGCAGAGCGGUCUCGUCCGGGGACCCCCACCCUACCGACUCUCUUACACAAAAGGCAUGGGCUUUUAGAUGAAGAAUUGAGCCCAAAAAUGAUCGCUUUACACAACGUCCAGAGAAAACGUAAAAUGGAGAACGACGGCUCUCUGUUUCAGGCGGUGGGAAUUGGAUCGUUAUUCCAGAGCAGCGUGGAUCCUGCGCAGAGUUCUCCACUCCUGUGGAAGCGAGUAAAAGGUUCUGAUUCCGGCUCGGAGAGACCAAGUGGAGCAGAGCAGAGAACCCUCCUUUUAUUGUCAACAGAUAUGGGGUUACUCGGCCGAUCCGUAGGGGGCACCCGGCUUCCGCAGCUCACCGGCUACGACUGCGAAGUGAACGCCCCUAUCCAAGGAAACCGGAACCUUCUACAGGGCGAGGAGUUACUAAAAGCCCUGGAUCAAGCCAACUGAUCCCCUGCGUUUGAUCUCCUCCGUUUGGACUCUGCUGAAUCUCCAUCACCCAAAGCAGCAUAUUUAUAUAUUUUUUUUUCACCCCAAUAUUCAAAGCCAGUCUGCAAUCCCGCGAUCCUUCAGUUGGCGCCAUCGCAAACUCGUCCUUCCUUUCCUGCAUCUCUUUGUCCUGUUUUUUUUUGUUACAAAUCAAAAAAAAAAAAAAAGAAAAUGUUGCGACUUCAUAUAUUCAAAUACUUAAUAUCAAUAAGUUAACAAACACAGAUUGAAAACGUGCACCUUCUGGGUUUUUUAUUAUUAUUAUUAUUUUAUUUUUCUUUUUAAACUCUUCUUUCUUCACCAAAAACUCCCUUUUUCCCGCCAUAAAAAAUGUAGCCAAUAGAAACGCUCGUAGCUCAUGAUUACGUUGUACUUUUUAUGCACAAUAAAACCGCGAUGCUUUCCCGGCGGGGCGGCGUUGUAGUCACAAUCAUACGAUAUAUAUUUUCUUAAUAAAACAAACAAAAAAAAAUACCAGCAGUUAUCCAUGCAAUAUAUUAUGCAUUUUUAAAACUAGUUUCUAAUAAUUUUUUGUUUUGCAGGGAG